AUGGCCCUGCAGCUCCUGCCCCAUCCGGCCUUCCUCAGUCUGGCUAUCCUUCCUCGAACUCAACCCGCCCCAGGAGGUUCAGGAAACCACCCAGGUUCCAAACAGUGGGAGCACACCCCGAACAAUGGGAGUGCACCCCUACUCGUGGACAUGCAGGUGUUUGUGUCAAACGUGUCUACGUAUCCUCAGGCAGAUAUCUUGCGGUACACAGCGUCUUCCAUGCUGCUGCCUCGGCUGUCCUGGCUGGACACUCGCCUGGCCUGGAACGCCAGUGUAUACCCGCAGCGUGUGGUUACGCUGCCCCGGGGCUCACUCUGGAUGCCGGGCCUCACUGUCCAGGAGGCGCUCUGGGCGGACUGGCAGGACCAGAGGCCACAGGUCCGAGUGGACCCAGAUGGCCAUGUCGAGCUCUACCUGGCCCUCACCGCAGAGACCAACUGUGACUUUGAGCUCUUCCACUUCCCCGGGGACCACAGCAGCUGCAGCCUCAGCUUCUGCGCCCUCGGCAACACUGCUGAAGAGCUGGAGUUCCAGGCCCACAGUAAUGAGACUGUGGGCGUCAAGGGGGAAUAUGUAGCCUGGGACUUGAAAACCCAAAUCAGACCCCAGCAGCUUGUGCCCUGCUUCCAGGUGACACUCCGCCUGCAGAACACAGCACCGAAGGCCAUCAUGGCUCUGCUGGUGCCCAGGGAGGCGCUGCUGUUUGUGGACAAGUGCGGUGGGUUGCUGCCCCUUCAGGUCACCCAGCACAUUGCCUGCAAGGUGACCCUGCUGCUGGGCUAUCUCGUCUUCUACUCCUCCCUGGUGGCUCUGCCCAGCUCUUCUUCUUGCAACCCACUGCUCAUUUACUAUUUCACUAACCUGCUGCUCUUCAACACCAUGGAGUCUGUGCUGCUCGCCAGGUUGCUGGCCCAGGGAAACCUCAGGGCCAGGUGCAGCCCCAGCUCAGCCGUGAGGUGGGAAUAGCAAGAUCAUGGCUAGAAUGGGCCAUACCCAAAUACUCGAGUCCCCAGAGGAGGACAGGGCUCAAGGAAGAGCUGGGCUGAGGCUGCUGAGCAAAUCUUCCUGGUGUAUGAUGGGGUGAUAUGCAGCCAAUUCAUCUUUGCUGGUCUCUGGGUGUGGGUGAUGUGCAAGUUUGACCCAGCCCCUGGAGAGGCUGCACCCCAUGGAGGGCAGCCCAGGCUGUACCAGAGCAGGGCUGGGGCUGCAGACCUGGGGGAGGGCCAUGACAGGGGUGCUGGGAAGAGGGGAGAGGGGCCAACUCUCUCCUUUAUGCCUGGAGGACCUCAGGCACCCUGA